AUGACGGAUUCCGCUCCGAGACACCCACGCAUUGGCGUCGGCGUCGUCCUCAGGCGCCCCGACGGCGCCUUCGUCGUCGGUCGUCGAAAGAGUUCGCACGGUUCGGGACAGCUGGCUUUACCCGGCGGUGCUCUGGAGUGGCGAGAGAGCCUGUCGACGUGCGCAUCGCGCGAAACGCUUGAGGAGUGCGACGUAGUGAUCGCCGAGAGCGAUUGGGUGAUCCCUCUAGCGAUCUCGGAGGCGGUGAUCGACGAGAAGAACCACUGGUUGACGGUAUUCGCGCUCGCAGAUGUGCCGGGCGACGAAGCGCCGAGAAACGCCGAACCGCAUAAAUGCGAGGGGUGGUUCUUUAUCACGAUGAAUGACGUUCGAGAGAUGAUUAAAAACGAUCCCGAGUCGGUGUUCCUGCCAUUGAGACUGCUCGCGGCGAAUGAGUCGGUGGACGUGAAGACGGCGGGCUUCUCUCCGUGA